GGGAGGGUUGGGAGGCAGGCUUUGCUGUACUCGGUCCCGUUGGGACAAUAAGGGACUAGGAAGCUAGUCAGAAGGAGGGCUUCCGUCCUCAGGACAAGCGUCGGAGAUUCGCCGCCUGAGUGUUUUUGGUUUUUUUCUUCCAGCCUUAGGAAAAAAGUAGCCUGGUUGUUGAAGAUGUCUGGAGGGAGUACCCGAAGGAGAACUGGUUCCCCCUGGCACAGCAAUUUAUCUCGCCUUUUUACGAGAAGUUCUUCCAAGGAACAGGAAGAAGAGAGCAAAGUAGCCCCUGAACUGCACUGCGCACGAAGUUUUGAAAUUAAGGAAGAUGAAUCUACAGAUGUGAUUUGUCCAAGAAAAGAAAGCAGUCCUCUUCCAGAAUUAUUAGAGGUUUCUGUCUGUAAAAAUAAGGAUUUCUGUACAGAAGGCUUGAAUAGAUCUACCACGCAAGAGGAAUUAAAAAAAGCAAAAAGUCUUCCUAGUUUGAUUCAUGAAAGCAAAGCAAACAGUAACAAUAAACGGUCUAAAGAAGGAUUUUUGCAAUAUCUUGGGAGUUUAUUUGGUAUUUCUUCUAAAUCAUCAUACAAAGAAAAAGAACCUUCUAAUUUUGGAGAUGGACAUUGCAAAACUAAAAAAGGCUUUUCAGAUCAAGAUAGCCAUCAAGACAAAGGACCCACUGAGCAUCUCAAACCAAAAAUAUUUGUCAUUUCAAAUUUUGGAACUGAACAGAAAGUAUCAAGCAAAGAUGAAGACAGUAAUUUAAAAAUUAAAUCUAGUCCACAACAUUUACAGAAACCUCAGGAUCAAUCUGCUGAAACAGCCAAGUGA